AUGCAUCUGUCAAGCAUUAUCAUCUAUUUGAGCCUAACCACUGCGGCAACGGCCAUUCUCUCCUUACGCACGGUUAAAGACCCAGCUCGCGAAUACCUCACCUCAGUCUGCUACCCAAACUACUCCAACAACACCCGCUUCAUCGCCCUCAGGCUAGCAUUAAACAACAUCACCUCCUCACUCGCCAACUCCCCGUUCCCCUGCGAGCAAGCACUCUACAUCGAAAACGCCUGCAGCGCAAACGGCACCACGGAAAUCGACUUCCUUGCCGAACAAGAAUGCCUCUGUAACGGCGCAUAUUUUGACGUCCUCGCAGGGUGCGACGCAUGCUAUUACGAACACGGGUACACCGCCCUCCCGCCGGCCGAGGCGUCCUCGUCGCGGUCUUCGCUCAGCGUGGCCGAGUGCGGCCCCACGCCGCCCUACCAGCCUUUCUCGAAUCUGCUUCCCGCGGUGAACGCCACGUCGAUUGAGAAUGCGCCGGCGAUCACGCUGGGGACGGAUCGGUUCCCGAACAAUACGGCUGUGAGCAAUUACUGGACGGCAGCGGGGCCGGUUACCCCGGGGGCCAUUACGGGGAGUGCGACGGGCAG